GGAACUGGGACGGAGCGGAGUGGAAGGCGCUGAAGUGGUGUGAGUAGUCGCGAGUCAGUCGCAGACUGGAGUGCCCUGUGAGAGCAGGGGACGGACCGAACGAACGAACGAACUCUAUAACUAAUCGCUCGUGACGCUUCGUCGUCUGUCCGAAUGUCCGUCCCAUCGCCCGACGCGCCGAUACGACAACGUUCUUCUACUCCUGUUAUCUCCUUCUCGCGGUAACGUGACCCGUGGAGUUGUGACGUGUCGCGCGGCGUUCGACCCGCGAGGAACGAACGUUCCCCGAGAGUCAGCAUCCCCGCGUUCGCUAGUGCGGAUUUCACCACGUCGAAUCGUGCCGCGAUAACCUCGUUCUUCGCUCGCGAUCUGCUACGGCUGGAUUCACCUGUGGACACUUUCGGAACUGUUGGAUCUUCGAGUGUCCGUCGGCGGUUCGAGCUGGCACGUUGUCUUCCUGACCAAACCACGGGGAACGCCAGUUUCGACAUGUGGUCGCCAGUCGGAUUCCUCGAUCACGACCGAAAAACACCCUGAUGGCAAUCACCGUUCGCGAGAUAUCGCGAUCGUUCACCAUCGCUGCUCAAUUCGUUGCUAUAUUCGUGGCGUUCACGGCGUCGCCGAAAGUAGUACUGACUUAGUGAGAGAGUGUAGUAGUGCGUGCAGGUGCGGUUGUGACCUAAUUCUCUCCGUUAGUCGACCAGAGAGACAUCGAGAGAAAAAAACACAUAUAGAGAGAACUGAUCGUCGAAACCAAUCGAGAUGUCAGUAUACGCGCAGUUCGGAUACUCGUAUCCGUCGGCGUCCCAGCUGCUGGUGAGCGGCGGACAGCCAACGACGGCGACGUCGCCGGCGAUGUCGUCGGGAGGCGCACUCAGCCCUGGCGCGCUCUCGCCUUCGUCGACGGCGACGACGACCGGCGCCGCGGCCGCACCCGCCUCUGGAGGAGCGAGCACCCCUGUGGCCGGCACUACGGGACCUGGUUGCUGCGAAAACGGCAGGCCCAUGAUGACGGACCCCGUGACCGGACAAACAGUCUGCAGCUGUCAAUACGACAGCGCGGCCAGGUUGGCACUGGGCGCGUACCCGAGGCUAGCACCCACCGCAACCUCCUACUCGUCUUACCCUACGCCGACACCCUCCACCACCGAUCAAGGACCAUAUCCUAGCAUCGGUAUGGACAGCUCCGCGUUCUAUCCUCCUUUGGGAAAUCCGUACGGAUUGAAGGACACGACGGGAAUGGGGAUGACGGCGGAUAUGGGUGCUGCAUGGGGCACGGCCGCCCUCCAACCUGCCGCUACGGGUUACUAUCCCUACGAUCCAACCCUGGCCGCCUACGGAUAUGGCGCCGGAUACGACCUGGCGGCACGGCGGAAGAACGCGACGAGGGAGUCCACGGCAACGCUGAAAGCCUGGCUGAACGAGCACAAGAAGAACCCUUACCCGACCAAGGGUGAGAAGAUCAUGCUGGCGAUCAUCACGAAGAUGACACUGACGCAGGUGUCCACUUGGUUCGCGAACGCGCGGCGGCGCCUCAAAAAGGAGAACAAAAUGACUUGGGAACCGAAAAACAAGACCGACGACGACGAUGACGCGGUUCUCACGGACUCGGAGGACAACAAGGAAAAGGACGAUCUCGCGAGUGACACUCAAGGCGACAGAGUAGGAGAGGAGGCAAGGAGAGGCCUGGAGGAAAACGAACCGAUGAGGCACGUGAAAGCGGAGCACUUGCAGCACGACAAGGACCUGGACGAGGAGGACGACCUCGAUCUCGAGGAGGACCCCCGACGAGGAGAGCAUCCCUUUCACCAUGCGAUGCAGCACCAUCAUCAUCAUCAUCAAGGAUACGCCGGGGAGGACCAUCUCAAGGACGAGGGUAUCAAGUCGGACUGCAGCGCGGCCGGCGUACCAAUCCCUGCGACUAAACCGAAAAUCUGGUCGCUGGCGGACACAGCAGCGAGCAAGACUCCACCGCCUCUCACGCAUCCUCACCAUCAACAGUAUCAUCAUCUCCAUCACCAACAACACUACGGACAGCAGCAGCACCACCUGUCCAAUCAGGCUCAUCACCAUCAUUCGCAGCAGCCUUGGCUAGGUGGUUCCGGUGGUAGUGGUGGAGGUGGCGCCGGGGGUGGAGGUGGAAACCUGAGCUCGUUCGCGUUACCCUCGUCGGCGUCGAUGAGUCCCUCAGCAGCCGCGACCGCGCCGUAUUCGAGCGCGGCGACGAGAUACGGCGGUUUUCUCUCGUCCUCGUCCGGAGGGCAGCUCCAUUACAACCCCAAUUCCUCGUCAGGAUCGAGCUCGAGCGCGUCCUCCUCGGCGGCGGCGGGGUUUCCCGAGGUUGGUACGGACACUCCACCCCAAACACCGCCCAACAUGAAGGUGGCUACACCGAAUGGAGUGAUCCAGGCACCACCGGGCGGUUACUGCACUGGUGGCAACAGCAACGCAACGACCAACGGUAAUCCGAAUCCGUACGGGCCGAGUCAUCCGGCUGCCGGCGGCUAUUUGUCGACCAGUUCCGGUUCGGCCAGCAGCGGUUCCUCCUUCAGCUCCAGAUUACAGGCAUCGCCUCAUAAGGAUUUCUCGCCGGCGGGACAGAACUCCAUUCUGCACCAGCAUCAGACCACUGCCAGCUUACCGCCCACGGAGGCCACCACUGCGUUCAAACCGUUCUACAAGGGCUCGCAGUCCAUGGGUAGCGGAUUCGUAUCGCCGGUCUAAGGCACCUUGGGUCGAUUCCGGAUCACCGUCGCGAUCCUCCAGGAUUAAACGAAGAACGCAAGGGCCCGCGACACUGGACUGUAAGUACGCGCCGCUGAGAGGUUCUAGGAUUUACCAGCGUGAUUUCCAAGAGGAAAGGUGGUGGAACUAGAAAGAAAUAGACAAAGAAACACGCGGGAGAAGAAGCAGAGGGAGCGAAAAGCCGCUGGAUACAAAAAAAAGCGAUAAAAGAGAUAUCUUUUGAAAGGAAGAAAUGGAGCACGGAGGUUCGUCCUUGAGAUACAUACAUCGUGCUUGUGGCGUGCAAAGUGCGACUGCGAAAAACGAAUGGACUUGGCUGUGGCGCGCGUGCACGAGCCAAUCGUUUCGGCUUAGAGAAGAUUUAGAAAUUACGAGAAUUACGUCAAAGUGCCUGCUUACGCACUAAUACGUAAAGCAAGAAGAUGUCAUCGCGAGAGAACAGAUAGUCGCGAAGGGAAGACGCGCACUGAAUCGCACGUGUGUGACAUUUGAUGGAAGUUUGGCGAGAAACGCUAUCUCUUUGGACGAAACAGGAUGGUAUUCGUCCUUCGUCGAGCAGCAGUCGAAAAGAGUUCGAUGCGCGAAACAUCGUCCAAGUUACCUCGUUUCACGCGUUCGACGAUUCCUUAGUCAACCAAUUGUUCAUCGUCGAUCGUUCCGCGUGUUUAACUGGUCUCCGAUUUUGUAAAUAAAGAGAUCGUCGUACACUCGUACGCGAGAUUCGUUUAAAACUUAAAUAAACCGGUAACGCGUCGAAUAUCGUUUGUUUUGUAUAUAAAUCGCGGAUGGAGGAACAAGCUGAUCGGUUCAGGAUAUUUCUCGUUCCUCGUUCAUCUGCAUCUGUUCAUCAGCGGAUCUUGUCGAUUCCAGGAGUCAAAAGAACCCGCAAACCACACGGGCAACGUGCAAAGUAGCAGCCAUUUCAGGUUAACCCAUAUAGUUCACGCGAAAACUCGCUUGGGGAAGUCCUGUUGCGAUCAUAGAUCGGUCCAUUCAUAGUUGAACUCGUUGAGAUUUUUCAACGUUUGACCAAUGAGAAAUCGUUGGAAUCACGAACGAUCGAAAAACGAGCAACCCCUGCAUAAAGUCGGUUCUCCGUACCUUCGACAUAACAUGACUCGCGUAAUGGCAGCCUCGUCCGUCGAGGAUGUCCGCAAAGAAGAGGCGAAAGGAGAAGAUGAAGCCGGAUCGUACAGGCGCUACUCUAUCCUUAAUCUACCAGUAACUCUUUAAUUAAACUCCCGAUGGAAUAUUCUCGUGUACACGAAUACGCCGCCGCGCCGUUCACAUGGACAGAACGCUAAUAGUGGAGCACAGAUUUGCCUUAAAUCUGGAUCUUUGAAAAAUUCGUCGAGGUGUAGUCGAAUCCACCGUAUAUCGGUAUACAUGUUGGCGCGGUUGAAAAAUCGACGGAUAGCGGAAGUAACUUUAAAAGUGGAGAACGCGACCGCGUGUGUAGUAUCCGCGUGAUAUCGUCGUCGAUGGACGCUGCGCUAUCCACGAAGGAUGGAUAUUACGGUGAGAUUUAAAGAGGAAAAGAACGGUAACAGCAGCGGUAAACUAAUUAAGAGUAAAAAUUCGUCCUUUUUCCGCGCGGGCACUGUGCACUCGUGAUCCAUGAAGGACUUCCGGUUUCCUGCGGCCGCGGCGCGCGCACCACGAGAAUUCGACGAUGCGAUACCGUGUCUACUUUUAAUUAGCAUCGUACUUCGUCCUCGUUACUUUCAACCGUCUCUCUGUGCAAUAUGUUGCUUUAGAUCGUGUGCUCGUUGAUCGCUUAAAUGUCUCGUGAUCGUGUUCUCGCGAUCCCAGCCAAAGUGGAAGUUUCUCGCUCGAUGCGGAAGUUGGCGCGUGUGUGUUCAUAUGUGUAGCAAGAUCGAUCGCGAUCCAUUUAUUCAUCGGCCCCCUUAAUUUCGUAGAUCUUCGUGAUCUCGCGCGAACAAAGUAUCGCCACGAUGAUUUCGCUCGACUUCGUUCGUGUCGCGUCGAACCGGGACGAGCAAGAGAAGCGAAAUUGAUCUAUAAUAAACGGGUGGAGAGCGAGAUGCGCGGUGCUCGAGAUUGUUGGUAUUUUUUUAUAUUAUAUGUAUAUCGCAUAAAUCAACCCUCCUUUCGAAAAGUCUGAUCAUCGACAGUGCUGGAAUCUAGGCAUUACGCGUCGACUCG